GAGGACAUAAUGAAACUGAUUUAAAAGAAGGCAAGCUAUCACAGUUUGAACGAUUUUGUAAUUACGGUUGAUGUAAUGGUUUGUUUGCACGGUACAACUUGCAUGACGCUUGGAGAAUGCUGUGUUUGGUCGUGACUUCGUUUGGACUCAUACGGUUAUAACAUCAAGAUGUUUUGCAAUUUUGUGGUCAUUGGACUGAUGAUCUUACUCCAAGACCAUUGUGCGACCAGCGAAGGCAUUGUGCAGGAUCUCGGGGGGUCAUCAUGGACGGCAAGUGGGACCACACCACCAUCAAAUGUUAUUGUAAAGUUGGACCAUGCUACAGUGCCUGGGUGUGUACAUACAGAUUGGUUUAAAGGCAAAAGCCACACUGAUAACCCAUAUUAUGGUUUCAAUGACGACAAGUUAAAAUGGAUAGCAGAGUCAAACUGGACUUAUUCAAGAACAUUUCAAGUAAAGGCUGAUGUUUUGAACCAGCGUGAACAUUGGCUUGUAAUGGAGGGCGUAGAUACAUUCGCAGAUGUUGUAUUGAAUGGCAAAGUUCUCGGCAGAACAAGCAAUAUGUUUCUCACAUAUCGGUUCAAUAUUACUGGUAUCUUGCAAAAGAACUUCAAUAUGUUGGUGGUUGGAUUUACAUCAGCAGUAACAACAUCUAAACAAUGUUACGCCAAACAACCCUACCCCAUACCACCAGUUUGCCCACCUGAUGUGCAACAUGGUUUCUGUCAUGUUAAUGUUAUUAGGAAAGAGCAAUGUUCAUUCAGCUGGGAUUGGGGUCCAGGGUUUGCAACUCAAGGAAUAUGGAAACCAAUCUACAUUUCCGCAUUUAACACUUCAGUAUUGACUGCUGCAUCUGCUGUUUACGACUGGGGAACAAGUAAACUUCUCUUUGAUCUGAAACUGCAAACGGGAAAAGUUUCACCAAAUAUAAAUCUCACUGGAAAUUUUACUGUGGAGAUUAAGGAGUUAAACAUCUGGAAAAAUUUUGUAAAUUUUCCAAUUCCUGUUGCACAAGAUAGUUCACCUACUGUCAGUAUUUUAAUUGACAUGAAGAAUGUUGGUUUCAAAAGGUGGUGGCCUAAUGGGUAUGGAUUGCAAACUCUGUAUAACAUCUCUGUUUACCAUAAUUCAUCUGGCCAUGAUAUGACUUACAAACACUUCAGAUUUGGCUUCCGAAAAGUAGAACUGGUUCAAGAAAAGAUUUCUAACGACAGUGGUUUAAGUUUUUAUUUCCGUAUUAACGAUAUGCCCGUGUUUGCAAAAGGAGCAAAUUGGAUUCCAGCAGAUGCAUUCAAAAACAGAAUAACUACUGAAAAGUUGGAAAACGUGCUCGGCUCCGCACGGGAUGCCCACAUGAAUAUGCUGAGAGUGUGGGGUGGUGGGGUGUAUGAAGAUGAUAGGCUGUAUGACAUAGCUGACCAAUAUGGAAUAAUGCUGUGGCAGGACUUCAUGUUUGCUUGUGCUAUGUACCCAGCUUCACGUGAAUUCCUAUCUAAUGUUACACAGGAAGUUCUUAACCAAGUCAAUAGGUUGAAACACCAUCCCUCCAUAGUUAUAUGGGCAGGUAACAAUGAAAAUGAAGCUGCAUUAUCAACCAACUGGUACAACACAUCAGAUAACUUUGAUAGGUACAAGAAGGAUUACGUGGCACUAUAUGCAGACACUAUUCAACCCAUUGUGAAUAAACUGGACCCGACCCGUCCUUUUCUAACUUCAAGUCCCACUAAUGGUAAAGAAAGCACAGAGGAAGGUUAUGUGGCAAAGGAUCCGUACAGUGUCCAUUAUGGAGAUGUUCAUUAUUACAAUUACAAUGAUGAUUGUUUGGAUUGGACAAAGUUUCCAAAAACCAGAUUCGCGUCUGAGUAUGGUUUUCAGUCCUGGCCUUCAUUUGAGGCAGUUCAACGAGUUUCUGAGCCCAAUGACUGGACCAUAACAUCUGAUUGGUCAGAACACAGAAAUCACCAUGGCGAUGGUAACAAACAAAUGCUGAGUCAGAUUAUGAUGCAUUUUCAGAUUCCUGACUCAGCAAAUACCACUCUGGAUUUUAUCAACACGAUAUACUUAACUCAGAUUAUGCAAGGUCUAUGUUACAAGGCACAGACCGAAUUCUACAGAAGAAGUAGAAAUGAAUUGGUGAAUGGGACAGGGCAUACUAUGGGUGCAUUGUACUGGCAACUCAAUGAUAUUUGGGAGGCACCUACAUGGUCAUCAACAGAAUACGGAGGCAAAUGGAAAGCACUUCAUUAUUUUGCAAAGGAUUUUUUUGCCCCUGUUGCACUAAGUGCAUAUGAUGAUGAUACAGUUAUGGAGGUGUACGCCAUGUCUGAUGUUUCCAAUAACAUUUCUGACACUGUAGUGGUCACGAUUCGAACCUGGUCAACUUUUUCUUCUGUUGGCACGUUCUCACAGCAAGUUACAAUACCGGCUCAUACCGCGUUGAACCUGUUCCAGGAGAGUGUUGGAACACUUUUGCACUAUGGAAACUGCCCAUACAAAGAACUCUGCUACAUUUCUGUGAGUCUACUGAACUCUACAGAAGUACCAGUGACCCACUUUUUCCCCGUCCCAUUUAAGAACAUUGAUGGAUUAUCAAAGGCAAAUAUAAAGGUGCAAUCUGUUGUAAUGACAGCACAAGAUAUUUUCACUGUUAACCUAACAUCUGAUGUACCCGUUCUAUUUGUGUGGUUGGAAACACCUGGUAUUAAAGGACGCUUUUCUGAAAAUGUUAUAGUAAUGUACAAGUCUAGUUUUAACAUUACAUUUUAUGCCUGGGAAUCUGGAAUAACAGCAGAAAAACUGAAGUCUGUAAUUAUCAUCACUUCAUAUAAUGAUAUGCACCAAGUUGACAAAGUUCCUCUGAAAAAAAACAGUAAAGAUAUAGUAGUGGUGGUGUACGAGAAAUGGUCUUGGCUUGAUAAUGACACUGCUAAACUUACAUUUGGAGUGAUAGGCAUGUUCUUUAUUGUGCUGGCUGCUGUCCAAGUCACCUGUCUUGUUAUGCGUUUAAACACUCCGAAUAAACAUCGGCCUAUUAAGCGCCGAUCAAGCACCAACAACAACAACAAGAAAGAUUCUCUUGAUAAAACCAGUAAUUCAAGUACAAGUUCUUUUUCGUCAGCGGGGUCGGAGUCACUCCAAGUUGAUAAUGAAGCUAUGGCUUUUCUUAUUCAGUCAAAACGGGGGUACGGUCAUCAAGCCAAGAAAACGGAGAUUCGCUUUUAUGUUAUAUAGCAAAUUAGUUAACACCUUUUUGUUCACUGACCUAUUCUGUUAUGUGGUGAUUUUUGCAGUAAGUUUCAUUUGUCAUAACUUGAAUGCACUUUACAAGGUGUCAUGCUGCACUGUUGCAUUUUUUUGUAAUUUCUUGUACUUCAUUGCCAAUUUAUGCAUUAACUCCAGGUGAAAAGCAACAGUGUUACUCUAUUAGUAAUUUUUUUGUUCGAAAUCAAUUUUCUCUUGAUUGUGUAGUUAAAAUUAAGAUUGUAAUAAUUAUGUUUAAAAGCAUAAAUUGUCUCAGUUGUGUCGACUUUAGAUAACUUAAUGAAGUGCCAUUAACUCCUAGAAUAGUAUGUUAUACGAAUAAAUACGAUUAUAG